CAUAGUCAAAAUCGUCUUACAAGUGUCACAACGAAACUGCCUUAUGUAGAUAUAUGCCAAUAACAAAAUAUCUAGAACUUGAUUAAACAUACUUAAUCGGUCGUGAAAUUAUAGUGAAUCGUAACAAUUCCACAAAAUGGACAAGCCAUCUGUUUCUAAAUCGAAAUAUUUGACCCAUAAUCAAUAUGAAUUACCUCAUCUCAGACAAGCAAUUACACCAGAAAAUUGUUUUUUAGAAGGGAAUAUUAAAAUUAACAUUAUAAGACGACACCAACUAAAGUCUAAAGAAGAUAUGAAUCGUCAUGAAAAAUCGCCUUACGAAAACCUAAUUGAUAUUAACAAUAAUCUUAGCUGUAUGUUAAAAGAAAGUUUUGCAGAAAUUGAUAAUAUAUGUAAUAAAGUACGGAUGUGCCUUCUAGAUGUUAAUCCGAGUACAUUACGUACGAGAGGACAGUAUGACAAUCAUGAAAAUAAUAGUGUAAUGGAAAUAGCCUAUGUCGAAGAAAUAUCUCAAACAAUUGUGGAUACAUUAGAUAAUACAGAUAAACACGAAGAAGAAAUUGUAGAAAUUGAAGAAGAAAAAGAAAGUGACAUUAAUAUAAAUAGUGAAAUACAGAUAACAAAUAAUAAAAAAUCUACUCCAGUAAUAAAACCUUUUUUUACAAUAUUCAACCCAACUAAUACUUGGGAAUCUGUAGAAUCAAUAGCUCUACAAAAUAAACUUACUACGAAAUGUACCACAGAAAAUUUCCUAAAAACAAUGGAAAAAGUCGACCAACUCACCAAUUAUGAAGAAUUAUUAAAUAAUAUGGUAGACGAUAUAAACAAAGAAAUCGACUUUUGCUACCCAGAUUAUACAAAAAAUUACGUAAAAAAGACUCAAGAAAAUAAUAUAUCUAAAGAAAAUAAGAAAAUAAGCCACAAAAAUGAGAUGUGUUCUUCGUCAGUACCUAAUAAAUUUAUUCAAAAUGGAACUAAAAAAGCGAAAAACAUUUAUGAGUUUAAAAAAUCUCAAAAACAAGUUACAGAAGACGCCUUAUCAGAAAAUGAGUUGAACCAUGAUUGUGGAUUACUAGAUAGCAGAAAAUGUGUUGUAUCAUUAGCCUUAGAAAAAGACAAUCAACUUAAUUUUACUUGUCCAGAUGUAUACAGAAAACGAGCCAUUACUGACUUGCAUCAAAGAUUAGUUGCGCAAGUAGAAGCAAACGAUAGUCUGAUUUUCUUCCAAAGGCUGAUGGCAAAAAAUAGAAAAUAUAUGUCAAACAACCACCCUUCAUCGCCUAUAUCAAGACCCUAUACAGAGAACACACACAUAAAUCCCAGAAUUGAAAUAAAUGUAGUAAAAUCUUCAACUGCAAAUAAAAAGCAACUCUCAUUAGCAGAUCUGUCAAAAAAAUAUAAGGAUAGUUUGUGGUUCAGGCAAAAGAAAGGUGAUCUAAGACAACAUAGAAAAGACAAAAAGAAAAAACACGAAAACUCUACUUCAAAGGAAAAAUGUCUGCCACAAAUGUAUUCCGUACCGAGUGCCUUAACUGUGAAAUAUAAAAAAAGUAGUAAAAACCAGUCUCAAAAUUCGUUAUGCAAGUACAAACCGACAGUAAUAAAUGAUCAGCCUUUAUCGGAACCAGAGAAAUGUAGAAUGAAAUGGAUGAGAACUAAAUACUUCUAUAUGACUAAUCAAAAACUUGAACACCUUGAUAUACUGGACGAUAUAACCACAAAUGAUCUCCUUCCUAUUAAAUCGGAAUACCCACGAAGGGAUACUAUUAAGUGUUCGAUCAAAACAUUAACCAAGGAUUCAUAUAUAUACAAGUUAACUCAUGGAAAUAAUAAGGAGAUCCAAUAUGCUUGGAAACAUUUCUUUCAAUCCAGUCCAAAAUGUUCCAAAAAAAGUUGUGAAAAAUGUGAUCCAAUUAGAGAUAAUUCGAAAUCAGAAAUAACAGAAGAUAAAGAAAAAGUUCUUUGUAAGCAACAAGACCAAGAAUAUAUUAAGAAUAGUGGAGAUAAAGAGAUUAUAGAAAAGUUAUCUAAAUAUAUCUAUUCAGGAGAUAGCGACCAUAUAAAAAAAGCGAACGUGUUCACAGUUAUGCCAGUACAUGUUUAUUAUGACAAUAUGAGAAAACCUCCGAAAGUGGAAGAAUUUGCUCAAAAAUUACCGUUACUGCCAAUGAAAGAAUGUAAAGAUCACAUUAAGAAGGCAGAAUGGAAAGAAUGCGGGAAAAAAACUAAAGCACUCAAGGUAGUGUACGACCCAAUAUUAAGAAGAAUAGACAAAGAAAUCAGAUUGGCUACUGCGCGACAACAUCACCGUUUAGAUUGUUCGAAUAGUACACACAACAGUUCUUGGUCUCCUAAAAAUUUCGCAAAAUAUUGUACCCAAGCAGCAACGCCUAAACCCAUAGUUAAACCGAUUGACAAAAAAUAUAGCUCCAAGGGCAUAGUAAAACAGAAGGACAUGGACAUUUCUUCUUUAAAAGACCAUCAAAAACAGCAACCAAAAUCGUAUAAUACUCCCUCUCCAGAUAAUUGGCCGCAUCCUCUUGUUCCCCCAUUAUGGAAUAAUGCAUCGAUAAAUAGAAGUGAACGUAGAGAUAAUAAUGUAGAAAUCAUACCCAAACAAAAAUUCUCAAAAAUUGUAACAAAGGAAGAAAAAUCAAAGAAUAAAAACGAUAAUACUCAAAGAAAAAUAUGGGAGAAUAAAUAUGGAAAAUCUUCAGGGCAAAAACUAAUAAGUUUUAUUGAGAAACAACCUGAAGUUUAUAAGGCAACCGUUCCCAAAUAUGCUUUACCAAAAAUUGCAAAUGAAACUAGGCAGAAAUUAAUGUUACAAAAACUUCAUGACUUGAAACAGAAAAAUGAUAACAUUCAAAACAACAUACAAAAGGCAAUUGAGGUAAUUGAAAAGAAAAUGGUUGAUAUAAUUUCCAAACCAGUUACGACUGGAAGCAUGGAAGCGUUUGAAGAAAUGGAAAAAGAAAUAACCACAGUAUUGAGCUUCAUGAAAUCGACAGAAUCUAAAAAGAAUGCUGAAAAGGGUUUUGCCAAAAAUCUUUAUAAAGUGGAGGAAUAUAAUGAAGAAAUAGAGAGAAUAUCAGAAGAAUUGUUUAAACGAUUAGACAAUAUAUUGGAAUCUCCCGGAAUAGGUUCUGGAAGAAGUAGUAAAAAUAGCUUAAGAGACAAAAAAUUGCCGACAAAUUUUUUGAAAUCGAAUAACGUCAGCACAAACAAUAUGAAUCAAGUAUGCUUCAGUUCUACAUCUGCCUCAGGCGAAGAGAAGUUUACAGUCACUGGCAUAUCGCCAAAUCGAAGAUCUAAAAAUACUUUGCUCUUUACUACAAAAUCGUCACUACCGAACACACCAAAGGGCUCCCAAUCUGAAAAUUAUGAAGUUAUAACUCCUGAGUAUAUAGAUGCGGGGUGUGACAAUAUUCAAAAAGAGGCUAUUGCCACAUUUACAGAAAGAAAAAAAGGAACUAAUGUUGGAUCAGAUAAAUCUGUUGAAGACGAAAACGACAAAACCAUUAAACCUAUAGAAACCAUAAUUAACCUAGCACUAGUAGAACAUGAUAUGGAAAAUCCAGAAUCCGGAAAUAAUAAUAGCGGCUCGAAUAUACAAAAGAGCUCACAUUCUACAGAUAUAUUCAGUCACGGUGACUUUGAUAAUCAAAUACUGGUCUUUCAAAACGAUAUGGAGAUGAUAAAACAAAUUGAUAAAGAUCACGCUAAACUAAAAAAUAACAUCUCUAACUCUCAAGAAAAAGAGGGAAAUCUUUGUAUGGCAGAAACCAUUACACAAUCUACUUCUAUGCCAGAUAUUAAAGAAAGAAAUGAACACAUUUCAGAAACUUCUAUAGAUAUGGUUACUAAUACAGACACUCAAUAUUUUACGCCCCAAACAUCACCUCUAGAAAAUAGGAGAUGCAAAAUUAUGGAUGAUGAAGAAGAAAAACAUAAAGAAGAAAAAGUUAAAGAAGAAAAAGACACUCAAUAUAUUACGCCCCAAACAUCACCUCUAGAAAACAGGAGAUGCAAAAUUAUGGACGAUGAAGAAGAAAAACAUGAAGAAGAAGAACUUGAAGAAAAAAUUAAAAAUGAAAAAGACACUCAAUACUUUACACCCCAAGCAUCACCUCAAGAAAACAGGAGAUGCAAAAUUAUGGAUGAUGAAGAAGAAAAACUUGAAGAAAAUAAAAAUAAAAAUCUAAUCGUCUCCACAACUAAUUAUCCAUCGCCGAAUAAGUCGACAAAUGAUAUAGAAUCAGGAAACUCGGAAAAUAAAUGUGAAACCGAGGAAUAUAACAACAACGUUUUAAAAAAUGCUAAAAACACUAUUUUAAAUAUAAAUAAAUGCUUAAAUGAUGAGAUUCAAGACCUGAAUCGGAAGGAAUCCGAUGAAAUAAAUAAUAAAGAUGAUUUUUACACUAAUGUAACAAGAAUUAUUCGUAGAGUUGAGGAUGUUUAUAAUCAACUUGAUGAGUUUGAAGACGAGAUUUUUACAGGGGAACUUGUUUUGGCAAAUCCUUCAAUAUCAGUAUUUAAAGAUAAAAGAGAUCCUGAAGUCAAAAGAAGUGAUUCGUUCCUAACGCCAUUUAUGCAUGCCGUCAAAGACCACAGAAAAACAUGCUCUGAUAAAAAGGAAAGUCCAAAAUCUCUACAGUUGGGCAAAAGUCCCUCCUAUUACAAUGUACUGAGUUUCUUAGAUAGUCUUGCUGAUUUUAAAGAAGAACGCCCUGUGGAAGUGUAUUUUUAUAGAAUUUGUCCAACUGCCUUUGUAGUCGAAGAUGCCGUCACGUUUUGCUUCAUAAUACUUUACAACUUUGCCCAGAUUCAUAUAGUAAAUGAUGUUCCAAAAAGGAUAUCGAGUUGUCUGAAGAAGUCUUCGACUCAUUCUAAUAUUAUUCCUACUACCAAAAGCAAACAAAAAGUGAGCUUUCUUUUACAAAAAGAAAAUAAAGAAACGCAGGCAACGGCAUGUCCCUUUCAUAGUACAAAUAAGGUUUUGUCGGAUACUGAAUUGACCAUAAAUGAAAGAAAAAAAAAAGUUGUCAAAGUUGAUCGCGAAAUAAACACUUCGUUGGAUACAGAAGUCGAAACUAAUAUAUAUAAUUUAUCUUCAGAUGAGUCGUACCAAAGUACAUUCGGAAUAAGCGACCAAUUCUCCUUAGAAAAAACACAGAUGUUAAUUGAUAGUCAAAUACCUCUGAACGUUCAAGAAAACGAAAACGAAUAUAAGAAAAACGUCGUGGAACUCUUUAGGAAUAGUCAAGUAUCGGAAGGAGCGAUAACCGGCAAUAUAAAGGUGUUCUAUGACAAUUAUAAUGCUGAAAGCAAGACAUCUCCUUUAAAAGAAGCCUGUGGUGCAUACAACGAAGAUACGAUUCUACAAGUUGAAAAAUCACGAAGCAAAGACCUCCUAGUAAGCAAACGUGAAAGUUUGAAGAAGAUCCUCAAACAAAACACAUCACAAAACCUGAAAUCGAUCUUCAGCGAUCUCCCUCCUUUGAAACCAUUGGAAAAUCUGAAUUAUUUUGUAGAUUCGGUGCUAUUAAAAGAAGUAAUCGAAAAAAGACAAAAUAUUAGAACGAUGAAAAGAAAAAGUUCCACUUGUUUUGCCCUGAGUAAAGCAGAAAAUACCGAUGGAGAAUGUAACGCAUAUACAACACAUGAAGAUAAAGAAACUAUCCUUAAAGGAAUAUACGUCCUUGUCUAUUUGUUAAUGUUUACGGCUUUAAAUUUAGAGUUUAAAUGCGUUCAAUAAAAGGCAUCUAAAAAUAAA